UGUGACACUGGGAUUUGUGGAAACUGUGAUGUAAAUGCAUAAAAGUCAAUCAGAUGUCACAAAUUAAACUGUAAAUAUCUAUGUGUCAUGAACAGCAGACCUUUCCUGGAUCAAGAUGAGUCACUUGAGGCAGUUUCAAGGUAUUCCCAUGUCAAAGCUGGCUCGAUACGAUGCCAUUCCGGGCCCGGUGGGAAUUGACACCAGGCAGAGGACGGAGCCAAACCGCAGCGGAGCAGCUAUGCGUCCGGUGGAAAUCCCAUCAAUGCGAGGAUUGUGUAAAGAAGAGGACUAUGCAUUUCUGGGAUUGUCAGAAAAGACGACAAAAGUAACAUCGGAAGAAGCCAGAGAUUUGAAGGACGACUGGAGAGACAAAAAGGAGGAGAGGGUUCGCAGGCGACUGGAAAGGGAGCAGCUGGAAAGAGAGAGACUUCAGGAAAUAGAGGAGAGCAAGAAGGAGAAAGAGCAGCAGUGGCGGACUCAUGUUGAAAAGUUGACAUCCAGCCAAGAGAAGACCCUGCAAGACAGACUGGCAAGACUCAGGAGAUUCAGGGUGAGAACACUCAACACACACACAGACAUCAUCAUCUGA